AAGCCCAGAAAAGUAUUCAUUGAUACAUAGGGAUGGAGACUCGGUUUAUUUUAAAAGUUAUAACUUGCUUGUCUUACUCAUGUAGUUAAAGAGGGCGUCAGUAAAUUUUUCAGAGCAGCGGGAAUAAAGACCACAUGGUUGCUUUUACAUUUCUAAAAUAAUGGGUUUACAAGUUCCAAAGUAUACAUAAAUUUGUAUACUUAUUGCUGGUAUACUUUUGGCUCAGAUGGGAAACACAAAUGUUUGAUUGAAGGUAUGAGGUGGAGACAUGGCAACGAAGUUUCUUCGUCUGUUCAGUCGGUGGCCAAGCCUUCAGAGGACACAGACGCACUGUACUACAAAAAGUAGUUGUCAGUGGUCAUAUCGACGGUUGCACAUGCUUAUUCUCACUAGUCAUCUUCUAGGACAAGGCCCUACAGGCCUCAUAAGAAAGCCUCAUCAUAUUAAAUUCAAGAUGGAUUGUUGGAAAAGAUCCCUUGCCACUUCUCUGGAGCCAGAAUUGAUGUCUCCAAAAGUGACAAUUUCUGAAAUGAAGCGUUUCUUUGUGUGUAGUAAUCUUCCUUUUGAACAGGGCCACACUUGUUUUAGGCUUGUAUGUCCAUUUUGUCCAGGCAAACCUGUUCCCUCAAAAAGUAACACCUUGCAUAUCAACAUGACAACAGGCAUGUUUAUCUGCUAUAGCUGCAAGCAGGUAGGGACAUGGCAGGUAUUCCAGGAUUAUAUAUCUAUGAUACAGCUGGCUGAGAAACCAGAUGAAAGUAGACAAAACCUUCCAGUUAUUGAAGAAACAGGGAUAUUUUUAACAGACAAAGUUGAAAAUGAGAUUCAGGAAAGAUUGACAGACCUUCAACCAGUUGGAGAACUAUCAAGGGAAGAAUUCCAACAGAUUGUAAAGCUGUUCAGUUUAAAGAGGUUAUCAGCUUCAGUGUUUAAACACUUCAAUGUUAGAGUGAACAAAGAGAGAACAGCCCUGGUUUAUCCAUAUUAUGGUCCAGAUCGAAAAAUCUUUGGACUGAAAUAUUCUCAUAUGCAACCCGCAGCAGAGGAAACAGAAGAUUCCAUUUUUCCAAAACAGAUUAUUCUGGGAUUGUUUGGCUGGCACAGAGUUAGUAAAAACCAGCAGGAAAUUGUUCUGGUGUCAAAUCCUUUGGAUGCUUUAAGUGUGUCCCAAGAAACCAAUGUCCCAGCUAUAGCUCUACCUCGUGGAACUGCGGCAUUACCUCAAGAGGUGUUACCUUUGCUGGAACAGUUCCGAAGAAUCACCAUCUGGUUUGGAAACAAUAUAUCAGAAUGGCAAGCUGCCAAGAUGUUCGCUCGCAAACUUGGGGAGAAGCGAUGCCAUUUUGUCAGACCAAAAGAAGAACAUCCAGCACCACUUCAAGGACUUCACAGUCAAGUAAACUUAUUGAAAGUCUUGCGGGAAUCUGAACCCAUCACUCACAAGGCGAUCACUACAUUUAGCUAUCUUCGACAGGAUGUAUAUGCUGAGUUGAGCCACACGGAGCAGGUUUCUGGAGUAAAGUGGAAGCGAUACCCAGCUUUGAAUCGGUUAUUAAAAGGUCAUCGACGUGGGGAACUUACAGUUUUUACUGGUCCAACAGGAUCAGGAAAGACAACUUUUAUGAGUGAAUACUCGUUAGACUUGUGCAUGCAAGGAGUUAACACUCUGUGGGGGAGUUUUGAAAUCAAGAAUGUUCGCUUGGCUAAAAUGAUGCUCACACAAUUUGCACAAAUACCACUGGAGAAGAAUCUCGAGCACUAUGAGCACUUGGCAGAUAAAUUUGAACAACUUCCACUCUAUUUCAUGACUUUUCAUGGUCAACAGUCCAUGCGUAAUGUCUUGGAUGCCAUGUCUCAUGCUGUGUAUGUCCAUGAUAUUCAACAUGUUAUCGUAGAUAAUGUGCAAUUCAUGCUAGGCACUAGUGAAGACAACACUCGACUGGACAGAUUUUGGCGACAAGACCUUCUUGUUGCAUGUUUUCGAAAGUUUGCCACCCAAUGCAACUGCCAUGUAACUUUAGUCAUGCACCCCAGAAAGGAACGAGAAACUGAUGAGUUAAACAACAGUUCCAUUUUUGGAGGAGCCAAAGCUAGUCAAGAAGCUGACAACAUUCUGAUCUUACAGGAUAAAAGACUGAGUACAUUACGUGGUCGCAAAUAUAUUCAGGUGACCAAGAACAGAUUUGAUGGUGAUAUUGGAAUAAUGCCUCUAGAAUUUGAUAAAGAAACUUUGAGCUUUUUUGUGAGGAAAAGGCAGAAAAAAACACCAUCUGGUGCUAGUGAUAGUAAAGACAGUGAAGAAAGACAAGAGGAUACACCAGGCUGAUAUUUUGAUAUUUUUUAGACUGUUAUAUUUUAAAAAAUUGUGUCUGUCAUUCUUACCAAUAUGAGAUGUAGAACAAAAUCAUUGUUUUUGAUUUACAAAUUCUGAUAAGCUUAAAAGAAAAAUGUUCUUACACAUAAGUGCAACUUUUUUAUCUUGUUUGUAAAAUUUUGAUUUACGAAAGCUUUGAAUAUAAGUUCUGUCAUUUUCUCCAUCAA